CCCUGGGCCGCCGCCAUGUCCCGGCCCCCUUCCCCUUGGGCCGCCCCUGGCCGGCGGGGGUGGUCCCUGCCGCUGAGGGGAGGGCUGCGGCCGGGCUGCCCGGCGGUGGCCGCGUCCAGCGCCAUGGGGCGGGCAGCGGCGCGGGGGCGCCGGCUGUGGGGGCGCCGGCUGUGGGGGCUGCUGCUGGUGUUGCCGCUGUGGGAGGCGGCGGUGGUGGCGGCGGCCCCGGCUCGUCCCGCGGCGGCCCCGCUGUUGUGUAACGUGAGCCUGGACAGCCCCGCCGAGGAGCGGUGGCUGCCGGUGCUGCGGCACUUCGAUCCCGCUUUCCUGCGAGCCGCCGUCGCACGGGUCAUCGAUGAAAGCGUACCAAAAUGGGUCCAUGAAGUUAUUCGGCUGAUAGCAGCAGAAUUGGAGUUCUUUAUGCCGCAGCCCUUUGCGGGGGAAAUUCUGGGAAUGUGCAAAGCACUGGGAAUAAGUCUUGGGGAUGGAGUCCUACUUAACUUCGCCUAUGAAUCUACUGCGUUCUGUACUAGUAUUGUCGCUCAGGAUGACAAGGGAAACAUCUACCACGGUCGGAACUUGGAUUACGAUUUUGUCGAUAUAUUAAGCAAGAUUACAAUUGAUGUGCGGUUUAUAAAAAGUGGGCAGAUAGCAUAUCAAGGCACCACGUUUCUUGGUUAUGUAGGCUUAUGGACUGGACAAAGUCCACACAAGUUCACGAUCUCCGGUGAUGAACGAGCGGGUGGUAGAUGGUGGGAAAAUGCAAUAGCUGCUUUUUUGAAUCGGAAUUACCCUGUCAGCUGGCUUGUCAGAGACACCCUGAGCAGAGCAGAGGACUUUCAGUCAGCUGUUCUCAGACUAGCUGGCAUCCCCAUCAUUGCUGAAGUUUACUAUAUUGUAGGAGGCGUAUCACCCAAAGAAGGCAUGGUCAUAACGAGGAAUAGAAGAGGGCCAGCAGAUCUCUGGCCUCUCGAUCCUUUAAGUGGAGCGUGGUUUCGUGUGGAGACAAACUAUGACCAUUGGACUACCCCUCCUCCUUUUGAUGAUCGAAGAACUGCAGCCAUCAAAGCUCUCAAUGCUACUGGACAGCAGAACAUCAAUUUUGAUACGCUCUUUAAGGUGUUGUCAGUGAAGCCAGUCUUAAACAAUAACACAGUGUAUACCACAGUAAUGAGCGCUGCACUUCCAGAUAAGUACCAGACAUGGAUCAGAACUGUGGAGUGAAGAGGUGCAAAAUGAGUGAAAAGCUGAAGCUUUCCAAGACCGGCACAUGCUUUUAAAAUCAGUCUCACAAGCAGUAGAGUUGUUUUGGCUUAUUAAUUAUGUGAACCACUCAGGAAAUAAUAAUAACUUGUUAAUUCUUUGAAGUGUUGCAGAUGCUACUGUUAAUGAACCGUAAUGGAAGUUUGAUUUUUAUUGUAAUUAUGUUGAUGUUCUAGCAGAUGUUGAUGGCUAAAAAUUGCUUUUACUGUUUUUGGAAAGAGUUGUGCAAUUCGAAGGUACUUAUGUGCUGACUAAUAAAUAAAAAUUUCAUAUAUUUUGCAUGGCCUGUAGAUCUGACUAUAAGUAAAUAAAAAUAUGCAGCUGAUCGCUUGA